UGCAACGCGUUCCUCCUCUGGAGAUUUCUUCGAAGUUUAGCGUUUUAUUCCUAAACCACAGAAGCUUUAUCUCCCGCGAUUCCCUGACUCUCUCUAAUGGCGGACAAUAAAGAUUUAGACUCAAAUCCUCCCGCAGAAGAUCUAACGAUUCGCCCAUUAAAGAAGAUAGAAAUAGCACACGAGUCCGAGUCUGAGCCCGAGCUCAAGAAACAGAAACUCAAAGAGCUCCAGAGAAAAGCUUAUUACUCUGUUCUCCAUGCUUCCAAAGCAGAAAACUCGGCGUUAUCACACAAGAAGUCUCAGAUCAUACAAAGGUUGAUGAAGGAGUGGAAGAUUGAUCAAGAAACUCACGUCUCUGUUGCAGAAAAGAUUGAUAACUCUGAAAAAAAUGUAUCUUCGAGUCUCAACUCUGUUCCAGAGUCUCUUGUUGUGAAACGUAUCCGUGCAAGAUUGCAUGAUGAAGAUUGUCUCCCAAGUAACAAAAAGAUGAAACUCGAGGAGCUCCAUAAACAGGCUUACGAAGAUGUUCUCAACGCCUUUAACGCAGAGUCUCCAACACUAUCCAGCUCAAGGGUUUUGAUAAUGCAAGACCUGCUUGAAGAAUGCAACAACAUCUCCCACAAAGCUCAUAUCAGUGCCAAGAUUUAUGAUAAAGUCGAAACUGAUCCUCUACUGGUCGAACCGUUCAUCAAAACUUUUAACACCUUAAAGAAGUUUUACCCUGCCGGCUGCAGAUUUCUUCCAUCAGAUGAUAUGAUGGCAAACUAUUAUCUGAAGAACAAAGUUCUAGGGCAGCCAAUGAACGCACGUAUCAUACCUGGAGAAUGUCCCCACAUCUUCUCAAUACCUCCUCGUGAUUUGCCUGGCUAUCCAAUAGAAACAGAAUGGCAUUGCUAUUGCAGGAAACCUAACGGCCAAGACCCUCGGAGUCUCUGGACACGAGUGGGUGAAGAUACUACUGUGUUUGGUCCACAGGGAAACGGUGUUGGUAUCAAACGUACAUAUGCUCUCACUGAUCAGGAAAAAGAAUCUGAUGACAUUUCUUUGCCUGGCGAGAUAGAACCUCCAAGGGAAGAGUGGUUCAUUGAAGAAAUUAGUCUCCCACCGUCUGUUGCUGAUACUGACUUGGUUUUCUGCCAUGUUAUUCUCAACAAGAUUGAGAAAGAAGAAGAAUAUGAAGAGGAAGAAGAAUAUGAUGAUGAUGAGGAAGAAGGGACUAAGUGA